CCCGCACCCCACGGGGAAGGAACAAACAAACGAGGAACAAUGUCCCACCAAUCCCCACCGGUAGAAACGGGCGCGCAACUGAUCGCUCACUCGCUAAGAUCCCUCGAUGUGCGAAUAAUCUUCGGCAUAGUCGGCAUCCCAGUCAUCGAAGUGGCGGAAGCCUGUCUAGCCCUGGGAAUCAAGUUCGUUUCCUUCAGGAACGAGCAAGCAGCUUCGUACGCGGCAAGCGCGUACGGAUACUUGACCGGCCGACCGGGAGUUUGUCUUGUUGUCGGUGGGCCAGGUGUGUUGCACGCCAUGGCUGGUGUCGGGAAUUCCAUGGCGAACGCGACAUACCCACUCCUGCUCCUCGCCGGAAGCGCGGAAACCAGCGCGGGGCCCACAAAGGGUGCGUUUCAGCAGCUGGACGCGGUAUCGCUGCUAGCGCCGCACACGAAAUUUGCCGUUCGGCCACCGAGCUUGGAGGGCCUGCCGCAGGCGAUCUGGGAUGCGUACCGACUCGCUUUCUACGGGAGACCGGGGGUUGGGUUUGUGGAUUUGCCGGCGGACUAUAUCCAGGGUGUGCCGAGGGAGGUUGUGCGGAUUCAACGGGUGGGGGAGCAGCCUCGGGUUCCUGGCGACGAACGGAGGGUAACGGCAGUCGCAGAAGCGUUGAAGGGGGCGGAGAGACCGUUGGUUGUCAUCGGGAAGGGAGCGGCGUACGCGAGGGCCGAGGGGGUGUUGAGGGAGUUUAUCGAUGCGGCCAAAAUCCCCUUCCUCCCAACCCCUCAAGGGAAAGGCGUCCUCCCAGAUGAUCACCCACUUAACACCUCCUCGGCCCGCUCCGCCGCCCUUGCAGGCGCAGACGUUGUCCUCCUCGUCGGCGCCCGGCUAAACUGGAUCCUGCACUUUGGUGAGCCGCCAAAAUGGUCCGCGGGGGUACGUAUAGCCCAGAUCGAUAUCUCCCCCGAAGAGCUCGACCACGGCACAGCCGAUCCCACACUCUCAAUCCACGGGGACAUAGCUUCCGUAAUCGCACAGCUGAAAACCCAACUCUCGAACUACCACCAUGUCUCCUCCUCCUGGAGCAACGCACUCUCCACCUCCGCUGCUAAAAACCUAGCCAUAGCCCGGGUGAAAGCCUCGACCCCAACAAACCCACUAACAUACCAUCGCACCUUCGCCCUCAUCAAGUCAACCCUGGAAUCAUUAUCCCCGGGCGGCGCCGAGAACCUAGUCUACGUCUCUGAAGGCGCCAACACAAUGGACAUCUCCCGCAGCAUCUUUACCGUGUCACAACCCCGCCAGCGCCUGGACGCAGGCACCUACGCAACAAUGGGCGUAGGCCUUGGAUACGCCAUAGCCGCUGAAAUGGCCUAUAACUACACCCACGAAGCCGUUCCCUCCACCCCAUCUAUCAGAAAAAGGAUUAUAUCCCUAGAAGGCGACAGCGCCCUCGGUUUCUCCCUCCCGGAAAUCGAAACCAUGUCCCGCUACCGCCUCCCCAUCAUCAUUUUCGUCAUGAAUAACGGGGGCGUGUACCACGGCAUAUCCGACAACACGCCCACGUGGGGUGCGGACUGGUGGGACGGGGAUAAGGAGGGGAAGAGGCGAGAUGUUCUCCUCACGAGUACCGCGCUGGGUUUCGAGACUGGGUAUGAUGUUGUUGCUAGGGGGCUGGGUGGCAGGGGGUGGAGGGUUGUGGAUGAGGAAGGAUUGGUCGAGGCUGUGCGGGAGGCGUGGGAUCAUAGGGAUGGGCCGAGCGUGGUUAAUGUUAUUGCUGCUUCCGGGGUUGGGGAGAAGUUGGAGUUUGGGUGGUUGGGGAAGGAGAAGGGGGGUGGGAGUAAGUUGUAGGAUUGAGGGGGUACGUGGUUUAUAUAUGGGUGGAGUUUGUCUCUAGCCCUCACUCUCUAAGUGGUAAUUGCUAGUCACCAUCCUGCAUAUGAUCUCGCCCUUUGUAUGAUACCAUGGUAGAAGAAAUCUCGAUACUAAAGUUUAUUGAAA